AUGCGCUUGGAGGGAUCCGAAUUUCCUGAGCGCCCAAAAGCUGAUCCGGCUCUGCCGCCCGAAAUGCUGCGCUAUGUUAAAGGCUUGCGUCUCCACGAGGGCAUUCUUCCAGUGCUGUACCGUGCAAAAUCGCUUUUUGGCCAAGGAGCCCGCUUGGAGUCCGUCCACAUGGAGGUUCCAUUACCGGAACGUAUUGAUCUCCAUACGAUCACAUUAGAUCAAUUUGCGGUCAACGUUCUCACGGAGAAACGCCACGCGGAUAUUUUCCAUCUCCUGAUCGGGGAUUUCGUCUGGGUUUACUCCUUGACCCCAUCCAAAAAAUUCCUUAAGGAGGGUGUUCCAUACCCGGAAACAAUCGAGCAAGCGUGCACCAUCCUAUUUCACUCGUGCCCAACGGAGGUCAUGCCCUUCUUGGAGUCCCUAUACGGCACCACCGUCGGCACUAUAACUGCCUGCAUAGCGGAAACGACGGACACCAAACUCCAUACCGCGUUAUGGUCUAUCCCGGACAUCAACACGUACCCCACGCUAGCGCAGUUCCAAGUCCCCGUUCAGGGAAAAACGGGUUGGACCGUAGGCCAGUACGUGGAAGCAUGGUCCGCUGCUCGAGCGAUCCUGGCUGGAGAUUUCGACCUCUCUGGGCGUUCCACGAACCAGAGAAAGUCCAUCACGGCCACCGUAGCCGGUGACAAAGUGGAACUCAACAAUAAUCAGGUGAAUGCCUUGAACAAGUUCCACAAGGCCUACCCAGUCCUCAUCAUCGACAGCGCAUACGGAGCCGGAAAGUCCCUUUGUACAGCACUCAUGGCCAUCGAAGCCGUACAGCGCGGGAAGGUUGUCCUAAUAGCGGCCGUACAAAACACGGCCGACGUUAUUUGCGCAAAACUUGCUCAAAUGGAGACACCAGAUGUACGUCCAGUACGAUACGUAAGUGAGACCCUGGCCCGGGAUGCUAUCCGCUCCGGCCUGUACGACCUGGCCAGUCUGAUGGAACAUAUGCCGCAAACCCACGCCGAGAAAAUGGACGACUAUGAAAAGAACGCUUUCAGCGCUUCCGCAGACCCCCGCCGACGUCUGCGCGAAUCCAUCUUCAGCGGCGUGGAGCGCACUCUCAUGGCAUCGGAGCACAAGACGCUCCUUCCCCUCGAACAGGCCAAUUCGGAGCGCAUCAGAACGCUCAUGACGAGGUUUCCGGACGCCACAUAUACCCUCGUCGGUGACAGUAACCAGUUGCCACCCUACAUCGGCACACAAAGGGCACCGCUCGCAGUCACCCUUUUCUCGCAAUCCGUCCUGGACGUAGCUCGGCGCGUUGGCAAUCCCCCAACGUGCAAGAUUAGCACCGUGUAUAGGCCGCAUCCGAACAUGAUGGAGCUCAACCCGCGCAUCUUCUACAACGGCGAGUUGGUCUGCGGCACUACCAAAGAGGCUCGCCUCGCGCUUCUCAACCGGGUCUGGAUGCUCAACCCGGACCUUCCGAUCGCUUUUAUUAAUAUCAUCGGCGAAUCGGUACAGUCGGUGACGGGAUCCCAGAACCCCGUCGAAGCUCGCCAGUUGCCGUCAUCGUUCGACUCCUUUUAG